UCUAGGAAUUUCCUGGUUUUCAUCCUUAUCCCAACAAACAAACAUGGCCUCGAUCUCUGAACUCGUUGACUCUACCAUCGAGAAGAACAGGGUUGUGAUCUUCUCUAAAAGCUACUGCCCAUACUGCCGAAAGGCAAAGAACCUGUUCGCGGAAAAGUUCCCCCAGGUUGAACCCAAAGUUCUCGAGCUCGACGAGUUGGACAACGGAUCUGCCAUCCAGGACUACCUCCAACAAAAGACCGGUCAGCGAACUGUUCCCAACGUGUUUGUCGAAUCACAACAUAUUGGAGGCAGUGACGAUACCAAGGCAGCCUUGGAGUCGGGCAAACUUGCCAAACUCCUGACCGCCGCGUAGGGUAUGACCUUCGACUACGAGAUGACAUCCCCUGACCCCGUGUCCCUCAACAACAGCUCCGCCAACCUUUAGUCGCAUAUUGACAAUGCUUGCAUUUCCUGAACGAGGAAUUGAGGAAUCACGUCGGAUCUAUGGAGGAAACAUCACGGUUUAGCUUGCAGUCUUUGCAUGUAUGAAUUAGCGCAUCUCUAUUCGAAAUAUUACUACCAACCUUUUCGACGC